CUCACAGCAGACUGUCAUUCAGAAGAAGAGCGCGUAAAAUAUUGUCAAAUCCAAAUAUGCACCAUUGGGCAACAAUUGGCAUUGGCUUUGGCUUAGGCUUCGGCACCGUUACCCUGUGGCACCUCGGCAAAUUGAUCCGCGAUCAAUUGAAGCCGCAGAGAGAGCUUCACGAGGUGUUCAUGUUCAAUGAGCUGCGCUACCAGUGCCUGCAGGAGCACCGCAAGCACAACCAAGCAGGCACCAAAUGCGUUUGUACGAACGAGUACUGCGUGGAUCGUCUGGUGGAUCAGAUCGUCCAGGAGCUGGGUCGGGCCAAGUAUAGCAUCGACCUGGCCAUGUUCACCCUCAAUUCGGUGAGCUUGGAGCGCGCCCUGUUGGCUGCCCACAGGCGCGGCGUCAUCGUGCGCAUCAUCCUCAACAAGUAUUCGUCAUCCUAUGAUCUGAGUGCGGCCAUCAGCCGUAUGAUUACGUUGGGUGUCCUGGUGCGAACCGUCACCUCCCGCUACAUUAUGCAUCACAAAUUCUGUGUGAUAGAUGGCUGUGUGCGUGUCGAACAGAUUUGCCAGCGCAGGCGCAGGAGUUUUGGGCCACCACAGCCCACACUGAUUAACGGUUCCCUCAACUGGACGGACAGCGGCUGUACCUCCAACUGGGAGAGUAUGGUAAUCAGCACGCAACCUCAACUGGUCAGCACAUUUGAGGCGGAAUUCAACCGCUUGUGGAACUCUUUGGAAGCCAAAAAAUUGCCCAAACUUGUUCAAACUUCGCUGUGAGAGCAGCAUACAAUUCUCGACUUUAAUUCGAAUUAUUCGUUUGUUUUUGUAUAGUUUAGAUGCUCAAGUUCCUUAUGCUUAACAUAGUUUCCUGCAUCUCAUUUACAAAUGUGAUUUUAAAUUGAUAUACAAAUAUAUAAUAAGAAACAUGCCAAUGAGUUGGAAACACACAAAUUACGUUCCAGACAAAAAUGAAUAA